AUGUCGAAGAGGCGUUUCCGGGUUUUGCGGCCGGUGUCUACCAUUCUGACAGGAGGUCAAAGCCCUCCGGGUCAGUGGGACGACUUCGACCUUUUCUGCCAAUCUCCGUAUAUCCUUUCGACGCCCCCCGGUCUUCACCAACAUCCACUCGUGCCUCCGAAAAACCUCCAUGGCCAUCCUCUCGAUCCUCAGAUUCAGGAGACCAGUCUGGGAGGAGGUCCUCUUAACUCAGCGUCGGCCAUUCCCAGUAGUUACGGCCCUCGGUUGGCAGGAGGCCAAGCGGCCGCUUUCCGACUUCAGCGAGGCGGCAGUAGCGAAGAAGACAAGCCCAGACUCAGAUCCAACUCGUAUUAUUCCAUUCCCGUAGUGGAGCACAGCGGGACGCUGACCAACGCCUACGAUUACCAUCGGGCGUCGGCUGUGUCCACAGAGUCCGAGAGUUGUCUCUCGAACCGGGGGAUACGUUUAGAGCAGACGAAAGGAGGACGGUCAGGAAAAUGGCAGGAGUGGGAGCUGCAGGGUCUUGGACCACCACCGCCUCAAGGGAGUGUUCCGAUGGGCGGUGCGAGAAGACCUCAAGACAUUCGCGAACCACUCGGACCUGUCAAUCGGAGCAGUGCCUAUCAAUAUAAGGACGCUCAAGGUCCUAUGAACGCGAAACAACGUGGCGCUGAAAAUCUUGAUGGGGCAAAAUGUCAACUGUCGGCGAAUCCUGUCGACGUUUUAACGGUUUCGGCGCGGAUGAUUCACAGGAUUCUGCCUUCAGGAAUUGCUCAACUAAAGACGGGCCAGUUCGCAAAUAUGUGCGGUAUAGCGGUCAGCUCUAUAAACAUAGUUGACCGCGACACUUGUGUCGUAAUGGAUAUGUGCGAAAGUGCGGGUUUCAUGGCAAGAGAUCUCCCUUCCCCGGCCACCGAGUUGCUUCCACUUCCGCGUGAUUGGAUCUCUGUGCAACUCGCCAGGCAUCAGCACACAUUCGGAUGGUUUAAACAAUCCGGCAAGUCUCACACAGUUUCGCAAGGCCACGUCUCUACAAAGGGCCUUCUCCUCAUGAACGUCGAAAGAAAUAGUCAAUUCCCGUUCAUGACGUACAUGACUUGCCACGAGUCGGAAUGUGCGCGGGUGAUGCGCGAAAUGGAUGAUCUUCACCUUUCGAGUGGCCAGGGAGCUUUCGGAGGUCUAGGAGGAUACUGUGUCAAUUGCAGCAGCAACACCGAGCUAUCAAUGUCCGCUCAGCAAACAAGAAUACAUCACACAGGUGCCUACAUCGAGGUAGCGAGUAUAGCAAGGCGAAGAGGCGGGGGCCCGAACUUCGUGGGUGGAGGUGGCGGUUAUGUGGAUCCUCCGCUCAUGGGUUUUGGCGGGGUUCGAGGAGAACCAAGGAUGACAGAGCGUCGCAUGGACGGCGCAUACAGUGCCUUAGAGGACGACCAUUUGGCGUCUAGUACCGGAUACAUCGUAUCCUUCUUCAGAGUUUUCCCAGGUGAGGAUAGCGAGCGGUUAGACCGAUCCUGGCCGUUAUGGACUGGCGCACGUCAAAUUCACAGGAGACUGCCGAAAUGUGUGGGUUUGAACCGUAUUUCCUUCCACAAGAAGGUUGAUCCUCACAGCUCAGGUAUAACCUACGUGUUGCUCUGUGAAUGUCCCCGAAUCAUGGAUUACCUCACGGAGGCGUGUGUCCUCGUUGAUCAGCUACGCGCCAGAUGCUGUGGUUAUACCGCUCUCUAUCGGGUUGUGGAUAGCUUCUGA